CCCUGCGCCGCCCGCCUUUUCCCAUUUCCAUUUUCCAAUUGCACUUGUGCUCGUAUCUUUUCCUUUUCCCCCUUCCCUCAUUCAUCCGUCGCCUGCAUCUGCGAGGUCUGUUUUCAACACGACCUAGCCGCUCGUUGCUUGCUCAUCCCGUUCCCUACUAUUCCGCUUCUCACAAAACAUCCCAAGUCGCCUUCGAUCUUUUUUGUCGCCAUCACGGUCGUUCGCUACUCGCAGGGUUGUGCUCGGCUUGCUGUCAAAUCGCCGCCCUCCAUCUCGCGCUGCUCGCUGGCGAGGCCAUUCGUUUAGCGUCCAAUUAUAUUUUUUUUGGAGGCAGUCUCCGACGCCCUCACGAUCGACAACAGGUGGGAAGCUUGAGGCUACAAAUCUUUAUCACGGAGAGAAAGAGUUGGAUCUUUGACUGCUGCUCUGUAACCGUUACCUGUGCGACUCGAGUCCUCAGCCCCUCCGCACCCAGUUUCAAACGGCCGACAUCGUCAUGUCGACUGCUGUAGCUCCAGCAGCAAUUGCUGCGCUCCCACCCCUUGACCGAAAUCCGAGCCCAAGAACAUAUCCGCCAUUGGCUCCUUCGAGUAAUCCGACUCCAAAGGACAGGAAUUCAGACAUGGCUGUGGCCUCAGAAAUGAACGGUGGCAUGAAUAUUAACGAGAGGACACCUUCGGACGGGAAAAGGUCACCCAGGUCGAGGAGCACCGGAAAUCCAAAGAUCGUAGUGAAGAAAGAGCCGCCGACCUCGCCUUCGCUCCAGACGAGCACUCGCCACCGCCCAAAGAAGUUGGAUUUGAAUACAAAUACCUCAAUAUCCACCGGACUCAAUUCGCGACCUUCUGCAACGCCACUGACUGCAAGAGAUGGCCUGGUUAUGCAUGACGUCGGUUUGGCCUGUUUGUCGCCUGGCUUCCAAACCCAAGAUCCCGCCAUGCGAGAACAGCUGGAACGGAGCAUUUCUGUCAGGGACCAACAACGAUCAAUCAUCCAGGCAAGACUCCUUAAAUCCGCUCGCGGCGAUGCGCCGGACUCAGGAAAGAACGGUGAAGUGGCCGGACCAAACUCCAGCAAAAGCACCGUGACCGGUUCGAAGAAGAGACCCCCACCAGGUCUAUCGAUUGUUCCUCCCCCCGCCGAGCGAUUUGCCAAUGAGAGAGUCAUCCAGUCUGCACCAUUGAACCAGACCUUCACUGGCCGACACGACCCUCCUCCUGUAUCAAGGCAGGUUAACAACCAACCGCCCAACCUGGCACAAAACUCACAUAUUCACCACGUGCCUGCUAUACAGACAAUCAACCGGUUGCCCCCUAUUGCCGAUGUCUUUGGGGCCAAUGAGCUCCAUCCAGGCCCUGGCCGACCGCCCUUUCUCCACGCGAGCUCAACUUCAUCUCAAAGCCACGGUCCUCCCCUACCGUCGCCAGGCUUUCCCCCGCAAACCGCCCACCCAACCUCUCAGCCUCAGUCACACAAUUUCGAUCGGCCUAGGGAAUAUCGAUCCGCAGAAGAAGCUGUGCACGAAAUGACCGGGGGUCGAGAGGAUCUCUUGCCGAAAAUCGUUCACUACGGCGGUCACCAACCGCCAACGCCUCCUUCACCACGUGCUGCACACAAAGACAGCCUCACCCCACACAAAUAUCAACCCAGCAUGCAAUCCACAAGCAGAAGGAGGAGCCGCAACGAGUACGAAGACGGUAGCAGUCCACCGCUCGGUCCGGGUCCGGAUCGAAUUCGUUAUAACGGGCCCUUUGGGGAGGGGAGGGACAGCCCCGCCACACAGAGAGCAAAGAAGGAGGAGUUCUUGAGUCUGUGCUCCAGAGCCUGGGAUCUGUUCCACUCCUGAGUUGAAACAACAGCUCGUCGCAUUCUUAUCCUUGUUGGUACAGAAACAUAUUCCUAGCUCUUCUUGGGCGACGGCGCUUCAUGGCGUAAUGAGACAGUUGGCUUUCGUUCUGUGGGGAGGGCGGUGGGAACUCUCGGAGGCGCAUUUUUGGGAUUCAAGUCUCUUUUUGUUGAUGAACUUUCAAAAGGUGGCAACUGCGUAAUGACGAACAAGGACUGGCUGGACUGGGACUAUUGCCUAAUACCAAUUAUCGACUUCAGGUCACAACGAAAUGGGCGGGAUGGUUGAAUUGGGAGGAUGUGGUGGGCGCCAAUGGUCUCCCAGAUACCAAGGACAGGUUGAUGAUGAUGCAUUUUGAUCUUUGCUUACGUUCGGGAUGGGUGGGAAGGGAGGACGAAUUGGUAGUGCACAGAUUCGCUAGGCUUGGAAAAUGGGAAAUUUAGCCACCUUGAACGGUGCCAAAGCCGAAUAGAAGGGCCCCUCCUGAAUGUUGUUUCUUUC